UUGUUAUAUAAUGAAAUAAAAUAAUCUCUGUUACCUUCUAGACAUAGUCCGACGCCAUGGCAACAUAAGCUAAGCUAAUGUGCUUAGAGUUUAGCUUGUGAAUUUUUUUUUUUUCAGAUUGCCUGAAUUUAGUAUGUAACGGCUACCGUAAAAAUUUCCUCGUUGGGUUGAAUCGUUAAUGUACUUUUUUUUAUUUUUUUUUAUGGCUGUCAUUUUUAAUUUUGAAAAUGCCGCUGUAAUGUAAGUGAAGUUAGCUAAGUAGUCCGUCAAAGUGUUAGAAUUGAAUGGGGAGUACGGAAGUAUAAUUUCUUAGUGCUAUUUAGCUAAUGGUUCAGUUGAGUUAGAAGGCUUUAAUCUAGUUUGUAUUGUCGCUCAAGAUGACCAGUUUAUGCAAACAGCAGGGCGAGUUCAUUACAUCUGGGUUGUUUCGCGUUGUUGCUGAAACAGGAUUGAUUUAAUACCUGCCACCAUUGAUUUGACGUAUCAAAACAUAUGUUAUGCUCAAGAAUACUGUCAUGUAUUCACUAGUCGGAGAUGGUGUGUUAUAGUUUGUCAGGCGAUUAUUAGUUUAAGGCUUGAUCCCGCAUGAGCUCAGGCCAUGUCCGCGGAUAAAGCUCCCACCGGGACUCACGGCCUCCUCCGCGGCCAGCGGACUCGGUCUUAUGGCAGUCUCGUGUCCUCCUCACUGUCACCCAUUAGACAAAGACGAAUUAAACACAAAGUUCAGCCCGGUGAGACUUUGCAAGGACUGUCACUGAAGUAUGGCGUUUCUAUGGAGCAAAUCAAAAGAGCAAACAGACUGUACACAAAUGAUUCAAUAUUCCUAAAGGAGUCCCUCUUCAUCCCUGUGCUGACGGAGUCUGCGUCUUUCAGCAAUGGAGUGAAAUUGAAUGAGGAGACAAGUCCAACACAAACACACACAAAGACUUCUGAUGAGACCCAUACAAGCCAAACAGACUCUGUUUGUCAUGAAGAGAACACCGAUCUCUCUCCAGUGGAGUACCUGAAAAAGAUAGACAGCUUGAUCAGUCAGUCUAAACAAGCAGCAGUGAAAACAUGUCAGGAGGGAGAGAAACAGUUCUCCUCUAUGGAACAACUCCAUUAUGGCAAUCUGGCUUCCAGCAAAGCUUCCUCCCAGCAGGCAGUACUGGGAGCUAUUCCCAUUACCAUCACCAAACGGACCAGGAAUUUGAGGCACAGAGAGGAUGAGAUCUUUCAGCUCUGAUCUAGGUUGCUCAUUAAGGCUCUUCUGACUGUGUUCUGUGUUGUUUGCAAUUUGAGAAAAACUGACCAAUUUUAGAGUGCUCACUUCUUAUGGCAUGCCUUUAAAUUGUUAGCAGUGUACAUUUGAUAAUGGACUAAUGAUAGUGAUUUGUAGUUGUUCUCUUAUAAAACUGCUACCAAAAGCUUUAGACACGUACAUGUAUUAGCACCAUACAACACUGCAGCCUACUGCUGUUUUUAUUUUUAUAAUGUAAUUAAAGUAAUGACAGGAGUGUGGUUUUGGCACUUGCUUACUACUGCAUUUGAGCAAUAGAACUGUUCAGGAAUGUAGCUUGAACAAAUAGUACACUUGCUAAUUUAUAUUUAAUACUCCCCCACAAAUACUUCAUAUAAGGAAGAGUAAGUUUUAGGAAAGUAAAAAGUAUUUGUUCUGGGAAUAGAUGCCAAUAGACGUCUUUUAGAUACUAAUUUUUCAUACUUGUUAAAGGAAUAUUCCGGGUUCAAUACAAGUCAAGAUCAAUUGAAUGCAUUUGUGGCAAAAUAUUGAUUACCUCAAAAAAUGACUUUUCCCUCCUUUUCUUUAAAAAAAAAGCAAAAAUCAAGGUUACUGUGAGGCACUUAAAAUGAAAGUGAAUGGGCCCAAUUAAAGGCAGAAAUGUGAAGCUUAUAAUUUUAUAAAAUCACUUGCAUUAAUUCUGUUAAAGCUUAUGUAUUUUUUGAGCUGUAAAGUUCUUUAAAUUGUCAUUUUUACAGUUGUUUUAGGGUUUGUUGACAUCAUCAUGGCAACGAAGUUAUAAAAUUAGCUCCAAUUUUACACAGAAAAGUUUAGUAAGUGAUUUUAUCACACUACAAUCAUGUGAACAAGCAUAUUGUUUACGUCUUGUGGCUAUAUUUUUGAAAUGGUGAGUAUUUUAACAUUUACAGAUUGGCCCCAUUCACUGCCAUUGUAAGUGCCUCACUGUAACCCAGAUUUUUUUUUUCUUCUUUUUUUAAAAGAAAAGUUGGGACAAGUCCAAACUAAUUUUUGUGGUAAUCAAUAUUAUGCCACAAAAAUGCUGUCAAGUGAGCUUAACUUGUAUUGAACCCGGAAUAUUCCUUUAAUGCAGUGCAUAGUUUUGCACUUCAGUCACAUGCUGUUACGUUUUGAUCUGUUCAUUUUGCAAUGUGCUAAAGUGUCUAAUGCCAUUCGACAUUUGUGAUUUCCAAAACAUUAUAAAGACUUUUAGUUUUUGCCCUGGA